AUGAGCAGGGAAGAGAGGGUCGGGGCAUCGGUUCGGGAUCUGCUGGACAACCAUCUUGGCGUGACAGAGUUCAAGUCAACUCAAGAGUCUCUGACAACACAAGCAAGGCUACAAGGCGACUUGGCAACGGAAGUACAUCCAGUCUGUCCCGCAAAUCAGAAGAAGGCGGACGUGAUGGCCGACGCUGCUCUCACACCCAUCACCACCACUAUUGGCUUCGACCAAAGUCUUGGUACGCCGAGCCAGUGCCAAAGGCCCACAAACCUCGAGGAGACACCAGAGAACGACAAUUGGAGCGUAGUGGCACAUCGACACUCAAGUCGACAAUUCGACGAUCAGAUGUCAACGUCGACAGAAGACAUAUCAACGACAUCAAUUCAUUACAGAUUCGACAGCCAAGCGCAGGUUCUUCGAAAGGACCUCCCAACAAUGUCCCUUCGGUACCAGCACAAAAGCCCGACGCCAGCGCCAAGAGAGAACACAGCCCUUCAAUGCCAAUUCGAUGGCCCAGCGGAGAGCAUGACAGAAGAGGCCCCGACAAGUUCGGCACGCCACCAAGGCGCGAGUCAAAUAAUGGCAAGAGAGAAGGCAGUGGGACCAGUUCGUUGCCGACCCAGCGAGCGCACCUGCAAAAUCAAGACAGACCGCCCAUCAAGACCGGACCGCCACCAAUCCAGCCUCCCCGUAAUGAAAUCGAGAAAGGACGGCCCAAAACUGCUGAGAAGUUCCCGAGCCAGCAACCCAACGCCGUCGCCGAGAAAAGAAGGCCAGACGGCAUCAGUUCGGUACCGCCUAGGUUUCCAGGGGCUCAGCCAGGACCUGCCUUCGACAGACCACGGCUUCAAGAAAACUAUACGAGGGCCUGCGACCCAACAGGCGGCCGGGAAAUCGCCUGUGAGCAGUUCCCCUACCAGCGAGAGCCCUCAGGCAAACUCAACGGAGAGCUCUGUCACAUCACUCACGUCCACGUCUAUGUCACCCCCGAACGAGUUGAAGGAAGCCGCCCAAGACAACCUCAACCAAACCUUAUGCCUGGAAGCGGCCAGAACCGCAACGGUCGAGUCGGGCAACAAGAUGGUGGAAACUCUGAGAGACCAUCGGUUGAACAAGGACAACAACUCAAAGAGUUCCGGCCUGAGGAACUUGCCCGUCGAUGGCGUACUCAGGACGAGGUUGAGAAAUGGUCUCCACCUCGCCAGAGCAGCCAACAAGAGCAAGGCAAUUUGGAAAGACAUCAUGUCGAAUGGCGCGGUUUCGGACAUGGUCAAAGAUGCAAAAACACUCCGGCUAGAGACGCGAGGCGAUUGCAACAUGAGCGGGGCAGUUUUGAACAGCAACGAUAUGCGGGCCGCGAAAACGGAGACGGUGAAGAACAGGACCCUGCUCCAGUUGGACGGGCCGAACGACGUCGACUAUACAUACCAAUUGAAGACGGACCAGCACGAAGCCGACGUGAUCAAGCAGAAGGAAGUGAACAACUACAGUCAGAAACAACAACGAAUUCUCAUCGACCAACCGAGGCCCGCCAACGUCAAUCCGAAAAAAGCGUGCGAUUCCAACCAGACAGAGGUCUGCAAUACUCUCAGAACGACACAGCUACGCAGUCCUGUCAAUCAAGUCGAUCCAGCCAUGUUGAAGACUGGCUGCAGCAUGUCGACAGCCCACGAGGUCGACAAGUCCGAAGACGGCGUCAUCGAAGGUCGUUUGCGAAGGGAGGAGUGGCAUAGACAGACACGGAAAUACGCCACUCAAGGCAAGCAGCUCGCGAUCAGCCUAGUUCAACUGUACUGGGAAGUCAUAUCACCAUGCUUCGUUCCGACAUCGCCUCUCCGGCAGAGACUAGACAGCAGCAAAUCCACAUGGACGGACGUUGGAAUACUUGUGCUGGCGUUGAUCGGCGGUUUCAUGUUAUUGGCGGUAGCAAUCCGGCUGUCACAGGGAAUAGCAUGGAUGAUGCGGAUGAUGCGAAGUAUCCUGGGGAUUUGA